AUGGCUUUUCCGUUCGCCCUCAACGCCGACAUGGUCGUGGACAGCUCGGACGAGGAUCAGACUGUGAAGACCGAACCGGCAGCGGCCAGCCGUCCAAACAAGCCGGACGCCGAGGAGGUUAUCGAGAUCUCAUCGGAGGAGGAUGCUGGCGCUGGGGAGACUCCGAAACCUCUUCCGGCUUUUCUGAAAGCCAUGUGGCGGGACCAUGAAGGACAUGGUUUGUGCAUCGGCUCCAACGAGUUGCCUUGCUGCUUCGGCAAAGAAGGCACGGCCGCCCAUGCCGGGCCAGACGGAAGGUGCGACUUGUGUAGCGGCUCGACCAUCCGGAUGCUGCACGGGCAUCCUUAUGCCUAUCGUCGCUUGACGUUCUUGCUGAAGCAGCUGCAUGGUAAACCGCUCCUUCAUGCCUUCGUGCGAAUCAAGCUCGUGCUCGGAUCGCAGGCCCGCGACCUUUACAAAGAACGACGCAGAGCCGCGCUGAGAAUGGCUCUCUUCGAGAAGGCUGCAGGCGAGCAGGAGGCCGAGGAGGAGUCUCAGCAGGUGGCCGCGGCAAAGCGCCGAACUAAACUCUUUCCCUACGACCAGGUCGCGGCCCAGCUCCUGGAACCACAUGGCACUUCUGCCGUGGACAAGAUGAGCUUGGCUGAUUUGUGGGCCUGCACGGCGAAGGGCAAUAAGCGCGCCAUGUACCACAGCCACCUGGCCGCCGAUCAAGAGCAGGACGCUUGGCACGUAGGUGCCGGAAUCAGUAGGACGGCAGCUUCUCUGCAGCUUGCCUUUGCCGCAAUCAAGGGCGAGAGCAUGACCCAGCUGAUGCGUCCGGAACUCCACCAAAAAGUCAUGACAGAGAUCACGGCCCUCGAACCUCACGUGCAGGUCUUGAAUCUGGGCAAGGCUUCCCAAACACAACCGGACACCGGAAGUUUCCGAGCAGCCAAGCGUUCCAAAGGAACGGAAUCGGCCGAAGUGGCUGGGACUCCAACGGAGGCCGAACUGCGGGCAGCCGCGAAGGCACUUCAUGCCUGGCUGUCCAAGCCCAAGUCGCCUUUGAGCCUGUCCUCAAAUCCCGAUCCAAAGAUGGCUCUCUUCGAGAAGCGCGGCCACGAGCAGGAGGCCGACGAGGAGUCUCAGGAGGUGGCUGCGGCAAAGCGCCGAACUAAACUCUUUCCCUACGACCAGGUCGCGGCCCAGCUCCUGGAACCGCAUGGCACUUCUGCCGUGGACAAGAUGAGCUUGGCUGAUUUGUGGGCCUCCACGGCGAAGGGCAAUAAGCGCGCCAUGUACCACAGUCACCUGGCCGCCGAUCAAGAGCAGGACGCUUGGCACGUAGGUGCCGGAAUCAGCAUGACGGCAGCUUCUCUGCAGCUCGCCCUCACCGCAAUCAAGGGCGAGAGCAUGACCCAGCUGAUGCGUCCGGAACUCCACCAAAAAGUCAUGACAGAGAUCACGGCCCUCGAACCUCACGUGCGGGUCUUGAACCUAGGCAAGGGUUCCCAAACGCAAUCGGACACCGGAAGUUUCCGAGCAGCCAAGCGUUCCAAAGGAACGGAAGCAGCAGAAGUGGCUGGGACUCCCACGGAGGCCGAACUGCGGGCAGCCGCGAAGGCACUUCACGCUUGGCUGUCCAAGCCCAAGUCGCCUCUGAGGCACCUGUUGGACAUCCUCUCUGCCAGCAAUGUCUUCUAUACUGGCCACGCCAUAGCAGCACGUGCGCGCGUGCCUUCACAGCCGGCGCGUCGUGCGGCAGCUACGAGCUCUAACACAGGAGCACUUGCACUCAGCCUGUCUUCAGAUCCCGAUCCAAAGAUGGCUCUCUUCGAGAAGCGCGGCCACGAGCAGGAGGCCGACGAGGAGUCUCAGGAGGUGGCUGCGGCAAAGCGCCGAACUAAACUCUUUCCCUACGACCAGGUCGCGGCCCAGCUACUGGAACCGCAUGGCACUUCUGCCGUGGACAAGAUGAGCUUGGCUGAUUUGUGGGCCUCCACGGCGAAGGGCAAUAAGCGCGCCAUGUACCACAGUCACCUGGCCGCCGAUCAAGAGCAGGACGCUUGGCACGUAGGUGCCGGAAUCAGCAUGACGGCAGCUUCUCUGCAGCUCGCCCUCACCGCAAUCAAGGGCGAGAGCAUGACCCAGCUGAUGCGUCCGGAACUCCACCAAAAAGUCAUGACAGAGAUCACAGCCCUCGAACCUCACGUGCGGGUCUUGAACCUAG